GGUUAUGGCUUCGGCGUUCUACACCUCUUCCAGAAGGCGAGGAUGAGAAUGCUGAAGAAACUAAUGAAAACGAGGCAGAAAAGAGUCGCGUUACUGCCCCUAUACAAGAAGACAAAAAAGCUUCAUAUAAAUCAAAGGAAGAAAUUUUGAUUGAGCAGAUUCCCAAUAUCCAUGAAAAAUUGGUUGAAUUAUUUAAAUUAGGAUUUACCGAAUUGGUUCACGCCGAAGUAUUAUCUUAUUUUACUAUCUUUGAUUCUCUUACCA